UUGGUGGAGAUGAAGAAGGAUGACACUUCCGGUGACGACGCCAGACCAAAACGAGACCACUGGUCAUCUCAGUUGGACUACAUCAUGUCUAUGACAGGCUACUGUGUGGGGUUUGGUAAUCUGUGGAGAUUCCCUUACCUCUGCAACAGAAAUGGGGGAGGUGCUUUCUUGAUUCCUUUCAUGAUAUUCAUCGUUAUCGCCGCCUUACCUCUGUUUUACCUGGAGGCGUCUCUGGCUCAGUUCUCAGGUAAAGGAGCUGUACAGACGUGGAAUUUCUGCCCUCUCCUCAAAGGUAUCGGUGUCGGAACGAUCAUCCAGGUUGCAAUCUGUCAACCCUAUUAUCAAAUCCUUCUGGCCUGGCCUAUCUACUACAUGCAUGGUGAACUCCUGCUCCAGUGUUCUGCCCUGGACAACCUGUGGUAACUGGUGGAACACAGAGCUAUGUGUUGAGGACAUCUCAACUCUGAAAACGCAUUCAAUGAACUCUUCAAACGUCAUGAACAUCACGGACGUAGAAGGCACCAAUGGUACUGGUCCCAGCAUUGCUGAACUGUGGAGGAACAAGACGUUAUCUCACACAGCAGUGGAGGAGUUCUACCAGUACAACGUUCUGAAUAUAUCAAGUGGAAUACACGAAAUCGGCUCUGUUCAGUGGCAUAUAGUGGGAUGUUUAUUUGCGUCGUAUGUCUGUAUCUUUCUGUGUCUGUUUCGUGGAAUCAAAGCUAGUGGGAAGAUCGUGUAUGUGACGGCAUUGCUUCCCUACAUACUCCUGACGUCGAUCUUCAUUAGAACCGCCACGCUGCCUGGCGCUUUUGACGGGAUUCUGUACUAUCUUAAACCUGAUUUUAGCAAACUCCUCGAUGGACAGGUGUGGUCGGAAGCUUGUAUCCAGGUGUUUUACAGUCUUGGUCCAGGCUGGGGUGUAAUCAUGACAGCAUCCAGCUACAACAAGUUCCACGCACCUACUUUAAGAGAUACUAUUAUCCUAUGCACUGUAUCUGAAGGCACAAGCAUAUUCGCUGGAUUUGUCACGUUUGCCAUCCUGGGUGUUAUGGCUGAAAGAGUCGGCGUCUCAAUAUCUGAAGUUGUGUCAUCAGGACCAGGAUUAGGAUUCGUUGCCUACCCAGAAGCUCUCUCACAGCUCCCGCUUCCACAGAUGUGGUCGUUUCUAUUUUUCCUGAUGUUACUUGCUGUAGGAUUAGACUCCCAGUUCAUGUUUGUUGAAAUGCUGUCCACGACGGUGAUAGAUCAGUUUCCCCUGAUACUCAGACAUAGACGAGGUCUGGUCACAGCAGCAAUAUGCGUCCUUGCCUUUUGUCCUGGCAUCAUCAUAUGUACACAGGGUGGUCCGUACAUCAUGCAACUCCUGGACUGGUACCUGGUGGCUCUCUCGGUGUUCCUCUUCUGUACCCUUGAGUGUGUGGCUGUUGUCUGGUUCUACGGUAUCAAGCAGCUGAGUGAGGAUGUUGACAUGAUGUGUGGACGUCCUCUGCCUGUGCUGAUCAAAGUCCUGUGGGGCAUCAUCACUCCGGCAAUACUUGUGGUUGUGUUCAUCACGACGAUAUCCCAGUACGAUUCUCCCACCUACGGGAAGUACACCUACCCUGAAGAGGCUACCGCGAUUGGGUGGAUGAUUGCCCUCAUUCCUGUUGUUCCAGUGGCCAUUUUCAUAAUAAAGGCUUUGAGGAAACAGCAGGGGUCGUUAAGACAGAGACUGACGUUUUCCCUUCGACCAAACUCUCAGUGGCGUCCAGCGGAAGAUUCGCUUACAGCAAGACACAGAGAGGGCAUUCUUCACAACAGAAGAACCUUCUUAGAAAACCUCAGAUACAUUUUCAAAACUCAAACACACUCUGAGCCAUGAAUAACGACUUUCAUAAAGUAUCCAGUUAAAAUAAUCAAGUCACUUGAAGUCCGUGAAAUCUGUGAAAUCAUUUUAUUGAAAGUAAACUACAAUGAACCCCUGUUGUUAAAUCAUAACUGUUGAUAUUA